CCGCCCCCCCUCAGAGCGCGUCGGCAGAGCGGAGCGGGUUCCUGCUUCAACAGUGCUUGGACGGAACCGGCCGCGCUCGGGCCCGCCGCCUCCCACCCCACCACCACCGCCUCUCACAUCGUCGUACCGACCGCCUCUGCACUAAAGGCAACGCCAUGGCAGCGCCUCCUUCCCAGGUACGCCAGAACUACCACCAGGACUGCGAAGCCGCCAUCAACCGCCAGAUCAACCUGGAGCUCUACGCCUCCUACGUGUACCUCAGCAUGUCCUACUAUUUUGACCGGGAUGAUGUGGCCCUGAAGAACUUUGCCAAGUACUUUCUGCAUCAGUCCCACGAGGAGCGUGAGCACGCUGAGAAGCUGAUGAAGCUGCAGAAUCAGCGCGGCGGGCGCAUCUUCUUGCAGGACAUCAAGAAACCAGAUCGUGAUGACUGGGAGAAUGGUCUGACUGCAAUGGAGUGUGCCCUGCACCUGGAGAAGAAUGUGAACCAGUCACUGUUAGAGCUGCACAAACUGGCAACUGAAAAGAAUGAUCCACACUUGUGUGACUUCAUUGAGACUCACUACCUGGAUGAACAGGUGAAAGCCAUCAAAGAGCUGGGUGACCAUGUGACCAACCUGCGGAAGAUGGGGGCACCAAAGUAUGGCAUGGCAGAGUACCUCUUUGACAAGCACACCCUGGGGGACAAUAACAGCUGAAGCCUUGCCAAGAGCCACCCACUGCAUUUCAGUGGGACUCCUUUACUGUCCAGCCAUGCAUGCCUCUUCAGCUAUCUUAGAUAAACAGUUCUCAUUCUCUGUACCAAAUAUCACCCCUCUUUUCUCUUGUGUUUUGUGUCUUGCCCUCCAUCCAAUAAAGUGACUUGGUUCAA